AUGCCCCACUACACGCUGUACGGCUUCAACAACUCGGCGUCGACGUCGAUCCACUGGAUCCUCGCCGAGCUGGCGCCGCUGGGCGCGACGUACGACAUUGUCGACAUCAACCUGCGCGCCGGGGAGCAGAAGGCGGCGUCCUACCUGGCGCUGAAUGCCAAGGGGCGCGUGCCUACGCUCACCUUUGACAACGGCAAGCCCGUCACCGAGACGGGCGCGAUUGCGGCCUUGCUCGCCGAGGCGUACCCUGCCGCCAAGCUCGCGAUCACCUCGGCCGAGGGCUUUGACGCGCACGCAUUCUACCUCGAGACGCUGGUCUACGUGCUCAACUCGCACCUGCCGGCGAUGCGCGACUGGAUGUACGCGGGCAAGGACGGCGCCGAGAAGUAUGCGCACGGCGUGCGCCUCUUCACGCUGCCGCGCCUCAAGGCGAACUUCGAGUUCUUCGACAAGCAGCUCGCCAAGACGCAGUUCAUCGCCGGCGACCGGCCCACCAUCGCAGACUUCAUCUUCGCGCCGACCGUCACCUGGGCCAAGGGGCUCGACGUCAUCGCCGUCAGAUACCCCAACCUCAAGGCGUACCUCGCCCGCAUGCGCGCGCGCGACAGCUGGAAGGCGGUCCUCGCGCGCGAGGGCGUCGACCCCCAGCUCGCAGACUGGGAGAAGCCGUACCUCGAGCUGUAG